AUGGAGAGGCGCGUUAAGAUCUGGGCCAUUGGCGCCCUUGCGGGAGCCUUCAGCAUUGCGAGCAGCAUUCUAAACGUCGUCUUUGCAACGAAUGUCGGCAAUAUCACAGUGCUCUCAGCCCUUCGAGCCCUGCUGUACGUUACCUUCGGCGCCAGUUUAGUCAACAUUGCAGUACUGGCUCUGUUCUGUACAUCCUUUGUGAAGAAGUUGGACAGCCAUUCGCUGGGCUCAAAGGCACAUACAUGGAGCUACGUGGCCAGCGGCACGAGCAUCGCGGUCUUUGGUAUCCUUGUCUCCGGCGUUGUAUUGGUCUGGCUGGCGAUGAGGCAAAGCGACCUACCAACGCGGAUCUUGCAGGCCGCUCCUACUACAUUGAUCGGGAUAUGGUUCGCCACUUGGGCUAUCGCUUCUGUACUCCAAAUAGUCCUGUAUUGCCUUCUGCAUUCGUGGGUUCGAAAUGUCUUGACAGCGCAACGAGCCAGCCGGCUCGACAUGGACUUUCGUGCACGAGCGCCGUCGCUGUCGACUACCCUGAGGCCGACGACUCAGCACACGACGCAAUCUUUCGGUUCCCAGGAACCGACACUCCACUCGUCACCGAGAACUCCUAUCUCCAAAGGAGAGUCAUUGACCAGAAGAAGAUCGUCAUCGGUGAAAGUUGGAGCGGGAUCAUCAAGUUCGAAAGUGGUCCGGUAUUCCAAUCAGUGGUCGUCGGAAGCGAUACCAUUUCCCGCAAGAGAGGCUAUGUCGCCAGACAGCGCCUUUGACGACUGGGACACAUCCUCGGUCCAUCGAGAGAUGCGAGCCGCCAUCCACUCCUCCCCGCCCCCCACCUCCGGAGGCUUGGAGACAAUCCCCGGUAGUCCCGCCGAAUCGACCAUACUCGAUGGACCUUUCCUGCCUGAACCGCAAUCACCAAUUUCGAGCUCACCACCACACGCCGCAACCUCAGACACUGCUGUCUGGAGCUCGCCCCCUGGACAACUGAAAUCUUCACCGCCGUCUAGUCCUAUCAACUUCUCCCGGCCGACCUCUCGCCCUACGUCUUCAUAUAACAACAAACAACCACCACCCCAAUUCGAACCCUUUGAGUCCCCUAAGCAGGAACUGAUUCACCCGCUGUUUAGAUUAAACGGCACUCGACCGCCUCCCAUUCCCACCGCUGGUACCAUGGUUACAGCUUCGCCAAUGGCAAACACGCUGAUCACGCCUAAAACUCUAGCCAGGCUUCGGAGUAAUUCGCCUCCUGUGCACAAAUGCGAGGACAUCAUGCCAAGCAUUGACAAGCCGACGACGGACGGGGACGAACCGUCAGUCCCAGAUAGCCCUGCGCUAGGGGUAACACCACUGGGCAGCCCUGGUCCUUCGAUUGUAGACGAGGAUGAGCUACCACCAAUUCUACCUGGCUUCGUGCUAUCCGCGGGAUCACGCACCAGCUUGGUGGGUUAUGGGAAGCGGAAAAGCAUCAAGAAAGGACGAACGAAAUCUUCAGGUUCUGUGACGAAUCGACUGAGUCAAAUAAUGGUAUGA